CUCCCGGAUCGGAUCGGUUCGGAUCGGAUCGGAUCGGUUCGGCGCAUGGAGCAGCAGUCCGUCCUGCCGGACUCCAGUUUCUGACCGGACCGUCUUCAUGGAGUUCCCCCCCGGAGGAGCGGCGCUGCUGCAGCUGCUGCUGCUGCUGCUGAGCUGCGGCCGCUGCUGCAGCACAGACCCGGACAGAAAGGUGUGCCAGGGGACGAGCAACCAGAUGACCAUGCUGGACAAUCACUACCUCAAAAUGAAGAAGAUGUACUCCGACUGCAAUGUGGUUCUGGAGAACCUGGAGAUCACCUACAUCCAGGAGAACCAGGACCUGUCCUUCCUCCAGUCCAUCCAGGAAGUUGGGGGUUACGUCCUGAUCGCCAUGAACGAGGUGUCCACCAUCCCACUGGUCAAUCUGCGUCUGAUCCGGGGACAGAAUCUCUACGAGGGAAACUUCACCCUGCUAGUCAUGUCCAACUACCAAAAGAACCCGUCAUCACCAGAUGUUUACCAGGUUGGCCUGAAGCAGCUGCAGCUCAGCAACCUGACCGAGAUUCUGUCAGGAGGAGUGAAGGUCAGCCACAACCCUCUGCUGUGCAACAUGGAAACCAUCAACUGGUGGGAUAUCGUGGACAAAACCAGCAAUCCCACCAUGAACCUCAUACCACACGCGUUUGAACGCCAAUGUCAGAAGUGUGACCCCGGCUGUGUUAACGGGUCGUGUUGGGCACCCGGACCGGGUCACUGCCAGAAAUGUAAAGUCUUCCACUGUUUCUUUUACAUUCUUCCAUCCUGGCUGUUUGUGUUGAGUGAGUUUAUGAAUCUGCCUCUGACCCCGUUAGUCACCAAGCUGCUGUGUGCCGAGCAGUGCAGCAGGAGGUGCCGCGGUCCCAAACCCAUCGACUGCUGCAACGAACACUGUGCUGGGGGCUGCACCGGACCCAGAGCCACAGACUGUCUGGCCUGCAGGGACUUCAACGAUGAUGGAACCUGUAAGGACACCUGUCCUCCGCCGAAAAUCUACAACCGCGCCACCCACCAGGUGGUGGACAACCCCAACACCAAGUACACUUUCGGAGCCACUUGUGUCAAGGAAUGCCCUAGUAACUACGUGGUGACAGAGGGUGCAUGUGUUCGCUCUUGCAGUGCAGGAAUGCUUGAAGUAGAUGAGAAUGGCAAACGGAGCUGCAAGCCAUGUGAUGGAAUCUGUCCCAAAGUGUGUGAUGGAAUUGGAAUCGGGUCUCUAACCAACACUAUUGCUGUCAACUCAACCAACAUCGGAUCCUUCAGGAACUGCACCAAGAUCAACGGCGACAUCAUCCUCAACAAGAACUCCUUUGAAGGGGAUCCACAUUACAAAAUCGGGCCGAUGGAUCCUGAGCACCUGUGGAACCUGACGACAGUGAAGGAAAUCACUGGUUACCUGGUGAUCAUGUGGUGGCCUGAAAACAUGACGUCUCUGUCGGUGUUCCAGAACCUGGAAAUUAUCAGAGGAAGAACUACGUUUUCCAGAGGGUUCAGCUUUGUGGUGGUUCAGGUGGGUCACCUGCAGUGGCUCGGUCUGCGCUCCCUGAAGGAGGUGAGCGCUGGGAAUGUGAUCCUGAAGAACACGCCGGAGCUGCGAUACGCCAGCACCAUCAACUGGAGGCGUUUGUUCCGGUCUGAGGACCAGAGCAUACAGUACGACGCCAGGAGUGACAAUCAAACCUGCAACAACGAGUGUUCAGAGGAUGGCUGCUGGGGCCCAGGGCCCACAAUGUGUGUCUCCUGUCUGCAUGUGGACAGAGGGGGGCGCUGUGUGGCAUCCUGCAACCUGCUGCAGGGUGAACCCAGAGAGGCCCAGGUGGACGGCAGGUGUGUUCAGUGUCACCAGGAGUGUUUGCUGCAAACUGACAGCCUGACCUGCUACGGUCCGGGGCCAGCCAACUGCUCCAAGUGUGCGCACUUUCAAGAUGGCCCCCAAUGCAUCCCUCGCUGCCCCCACGGCAUGAUGGGAGACGGAGACACUCAGAUCUGGAAAUAUGCGGAUAAGAUGGGCCAAUGCCAGCCGUGUCAUCAGAACUGCACCCAAGGGUGUUCUGGUCCUGGACUGUCUGGAUGUAAAGGUAGUGGACACUCCUCUCUGGCAGUGGGUGUGGUCAGUGGACUCCUGAUCACUGUAAUUGUGACGCUGCUCGUCCUGGUUCUACUGCGGCGCCGGCGAAUCAAACGGAAGAGGACAAUACGGCGCCUGCUCCAAGAGAAGGAGCUGGUGGAGCCGUUAACUCCGAGCGGUCAGGCUCCCAAUCAGGCCUUCCUGAGGAUCCUGAAGGAGACGGAGUUCAAGAAGGACCGAGUUCUGGGCUCCGGGGCAUUUGGGACGGUCUACAAGGGUUUAUGGAACCCUGACGGAGAAAACAUCCGGAUCCCAGUCGCUAUCAAAGUUCUGAGAGAGGCUACGUCACCGAAAGUCAACCACGAAGUUCUGGACGAGGCCUACGUGAUGGCCAGCGUGGACCAUCCUCACGUCUGCCGCCUGCUGGGCAUCUGCCUGACGUCGGCCGUGCAGCUGGUGACGCAGCUGAUGCCGUACGGCUGCCUGCUGGACUACGUCCGGCAGCACCAGGAGCGGAUCUGCGGCCAGUGGCUGCUGAACUGGUGUGUUCAGAUCGCCAAGGGGAUGAACUACCUGGAAGAGCGCCACCUGGUGCACCGCGACCUGGCAGCCAGGAACGUCCUGCUGAAAAACCCCAACCACGUCAAGAUCACAGACUUCGGUCUGUCCAAGCUGCUGACGGCUGACGAGAAGGAAUACCACGCCGACGGAGGAAAGGUUCCCAUUAAGUGGAUGGCUUUGGAGUCGAUCCUCCAGUGGACCUACACCCAUCAGAGCGACGUGUGGAGCUACGGUGUGACGGUUUGGGAGUUGAUGACGUUCGGAUCCAAACCGUACGACGGCAUCCCGGCCAAGGAGAUCGCCUCGGUGCUGGAGAACGGGGAGCGGCUGCCGCAGCCUCCCAUCUGCACCAUCGAAGUUUACAUGAUCAUCCUGAAGUGCUGGAUGAUCGACCCGUCCAGCAGACCCAGGUUCAGAGAGCUGGUGGGCGAGUUCUCCCAGAUGGCCCGGGACCCGUCCAGGUACCUGGUCAUACAGGGCAACCUGCCGAGUCCGUCUGAUCGGAGGCUUUUCUCCCGCCUGCUGAGCUCUGAUGACGACGUGGUCGACGCCGAUGAAUACCUGCUGCCGUACAAACGGAUAAACCGCCAGGGCAGCGAGACCUGCAUCCCGGCGAAUGGACAUCCGGUGAGAGAGAACAGCAUCGCUCUCCGGUACAUCUCCGACCCGACCCAGAACGCGCUGGACAAAGACCUGGAUGGUCACGAGUACGUAAACCAGCCUGGGAGUGAAACCAGCAGCAGACUGUCUGAUAUCUACAAUCCCAACUACGAGGACCUGACGGAGGGCUGGGGCCGCGUGUCGCUGUCCUCCCAGGAGGCGGAGACCAACUUCUCCAGACCGGAGUACCUGAACACCAACCAAAACUCACUCCCCCUGGUGUCCAGUGGCAGCAUGGACGACCCCGACGACCCCGACUACCAGGCCGGCUACCAGGCCGCCUUCCCACCACGGACUGGAGCGCUCACUGGGAACGGCAUGUUCCUCCCUGCAGCAGAGAACCUGGAGUACCUGGGACUGGGAGCCGCACUGUACACUCCUGUCCGCUAGGGGGCAGCAGCGCUCAGACUGAAGCUGUGGCUUUGCUCAGAUAAACGGUUCUCUGUUUUAAAUUGGACCAACAACUGGAUUUAACUCAGAUGGUUCACUGUCGGUUCUCCAGAGGAACUGAAACAGAACAAGAACUUCCUGUUUCUCCAGGAAAAGGUCCAAUCUUUGACUCUAAGCUGAAGGGAUGAACGCAUCUGGAAAAUGGAGCCAAACAUUCCCCAGAUAAACUGUAAAAACAUAAGCUAAUUCAGGUUACAUUAAAAAAGACUCGCUCAACUCUCCUGCUCUCACAUGUGAUGAUGUUUUAAUCCUUCUGUUCCCAACAUUUACAUUCAUGAACUGAAAAUAUUUCACUUUUCUGAAGAUAUGCUUUUACUGUCAGUCAACAUGAUGUUUGUAACUUUAAAUAUUUCAGAAAAACUGAAAACAGGUUGAAACUGGAUCCUCAGGCCUCACUGCUCAACUCCAGAUAUUUAUAACUGUCAUUUUGUAAAAUCUGUUGGUUUCCUAUCAGAAUAAUUUUAUACACGUCCUGCAAAAGCAGGUGGAAAUAAAAUUAAGCUUAUUAAAAUUGAAAUUUUGUAGAAGACAACAUUGGGUGAACAAAAUAACACAAAUGGUUCUGUUUUAUAGGAGGAGAGAGGAGAACAUGUCCAACAUGUUCCUUCAUCCUCUGGACGUCACGUCCCCACAGAUACAUCAGUGUUUUUAAAAAUCUCACCACAAUCUGUGUGCAUGUCAGCAGGAGGUGAAGACGAAGUGGAAAAAUAUACAUUUUACUAAACAUCAGAGUUUACUAAUUUGUUUUAGAUUAUUCAGUAGUCUGGAAUAAUCUAAACUCGUUUUAAAUAUAGGAAGGAAAAUGUGAACAAAUCUUCUGACUACUUGAGUUGUCAGCAUGGAGAAAGACUGUAGGGGGCAGUGUUCACCGUGUUGUGUUCAUGCUGCGUUUAGAAGUUCUAACUCGGUUUUUGAGAAACAUCCAUCCAGCUCAGCGCUUUUCUGAGCUUCAACUCAGAGAUUUCACUUCUUCUCCUCUGUCUCCAGGCUAGCUUCUGUUAGCAAAACAGGCUAAUUAUUCCCCGCUGACAGGUGACAAUGUGUUUGACGGAUUUGAUUUGAAAUUCAUUACUGUGACUUUUACUGUGGCUUAGUGAGGCGGCAGCCAUGUUGGAUUUUGACAUUCUAAGUCAAAACUCAGAUUAAAAGAAGAAUUGUUCAAGUUAGUUCAUUUGAAAAUUACUAAGGCAAAUGGAAAGCAGGCAGAACUGCUCCCCCUGCUGGUACUGCCAGGGUUCUACAAAAUAACACCACUUCCACAAAGAAUAGGUCAGUUUCUUGUUAAUAAUGACUUGUUUCUUGUAUUAUUGUGAAUAAAUGUACUAUGUUGUUUCUGUAAAUGUAACUUUAAAUGCGUUCAAAGUGUGUAACUCAGUGAAUUUUAAGUUCAGCUCUGGAUGGGAACCCGUGCAGAACCUGCCUGCCGGUCCUCACUGAGGAACACGGUUCAGCUAAACUUCAUGGAACCAUUUCAGUCCAAACUGUAGCACAAGGAGAACCUCCUCUUGUUGUCUGACUUGAAAUAUUCACUCUUGAUUGUUUGUGUUGUUGAAUUUUUUGAAAGUCUGCUUUACUUGACACAAAUGAGCCAAACCCCGACGUCCUGCUGCUGAAUAUUACUGCUAAUAUCUGUUUGUCUUUAAUGUUUAUUGAUAAAAAAAAAGUUAAGUUUC